GGGCCGGCGGGCGGCGCAGAGCGGCGGGGAUGGGUCGCCGCGGCGGCCGCGGGCUGUACGUGGGGCGGAGGGCCGCCGCCCUGCUGGCCGCGCUGCUGCUGGCGCUGCUGGCCGCGCUGCUGGCGCUCGCCGCCCUCUACGGGCGCUGCCGGCAGGAGGCGCCGCCGCCGCCGCCCCCCGCCUCGCCAGCCGGCCCCGGCCGCGGCCGCGGCCCCGGCCCCGGCCCCGCCGCCGCCGCCGCCCCGCCGGGGCCUGCUGCCGCCGCCGGCCUCGGCCGCCGCCUUCCUCGCCACCUCGUGCCGCUCCACUACGACCUGGAGCUGUGGCCGCAGGUGCGGCCGGGCCAGGCGGGGCCCUUCGCCUUCAGCGGGCAGGUGAACAUCACGGUGCGCUGCCGGCAGGACACGGACGCGGCGGUGUUGCACAGCUCCGGGCUGCGGAGCCGCGGGGCCGCCGCCGUGCGCGGUCCCUUGCCCGAGCCGGGCGCCGCCGUGGAGGUGGCGGGGCUGCGGCAGGAGGCGGCGGGCGAGGUGGCGGUGCUGGAGCUGCGCGGCCGGCUGCGGGCCGGGCGCCGCUACGUGCUGCAGCUGGGCUUCCAGGGCCGGCUGGAGGAGGACCUCGACGGGCUCUUCCUCACCCGCUACACCGACCAGGGACGGAGCAGUAUGGUGAUUGCCUCCCAACUGGAACCAACAUAUGCCAGGACAGUUUACCCAUGUUUUGAUGAACCUGCCAUGAAGGCCACAUUUAAUAUCAGAAUUAUCCAUGACCCAAGCUAUGUGGCUCUUUCCAACAUGCCUGCUAUUGAUGUAUCUGAAAUGAAGGAUGAAAAUGGAAGCCUGUGGGCUGUUACCACAUUUAACACUUCGCUGAAAAUGUCAACUUACUUGACUGCUUUUGUGAUUUGUGAUUUUGAUUAUGUCACCAGAACUGAGCGGGGAAACAAGAUACGUAUUUGGGCUCGGAAGGAGGCAGUUAAAAAUGGGUAUGUUGACUAUGCUUUAAAUAUUACAGGCCCAGUAUUUUCAUUUCUGGAAGACUUACUUAAUGUCAGCUACCCUCUGCCAAAGACAGAUCUGGUUGCACUGCCUGAUUUUGGAGCAGGUGCUAUGGAAAACUGGGGACUAAUGACUUUCCAAGAAUCAUCGUUGAUGUUCCUCCCAAGUGAUAAAUUCACAAGCAGAAAGGCAAUGAUUGCCAUAAUGGUGUCACAUGAGCUAGGACACCAGUGGUUUGGAAAUCUGGUUACAAUGAACUGGUGGAAUGAUCUGUGGCUUAAUGAGGGACUGGCAUCUUACUUUGAGUACCUGGGAGCUACCUUUGUUGAAUCUAAGAUUUCACUGGAUAAAAUCUUUUAUGAUCGUGUUGUACAACCUGUCUUAAGGGAAGACAAUGAAAUAGGAGUUCGAUCACUGUCAGAGAGUGAAGACAAGAUCAAAGGAUCAUUUUCUUUAAUGUCUCUGUUUGACAGCAUCACGUACAACAAGGGGGCUUCUAUUACCUGGAUGCUUUCUGGUUUCCUGACUCAGAAGUUGUUUAUCAGAGCACUUACUUUGUAUCUGAAAGAAUUUUCCUUCUCAAAUGCUAACCAGGAUGAUCUCUGGACCCACAUACAGAUGGUCAUAGAUGCACAGGAUGAAGUUCAGUUGCCAGCACCUGUAAAACAAAUAAUGGAUUCCUGGACAUGCCAAAAUGGGUUUCCAGUUUUAACAUUAAAUCUAACCACUGGCACAAUCAGUCAGGAACAAUUUCUUAAUAAAAAGAAUGAAAAGAGUACUGAUUCUUACAAUAACACAUGGAUUAUUCCUAUUUCUUGGAUGAGAAAUGGAUCAUCACAACCCUUAAUGUGGCUAGAUAAAAGCAGCAAAGUGUUUCCUGAAAUGCAAGUAUCGGAGUCAGAAUAUGACUGGAUCCUGCUCAAUGUAAAUUUAAGUGGAUACUACAGAGUGAACUAUGAUCAAUUAAACUUAAAAAGAUUAGCACGCUUGCUUGAAAAUGAUCCAAAGGCUAUUCCUGCUGUCAGCAGGUUCCAGCUGAUAGAUGAUGUUUUUGCAUUGACACAGUUUGGAUACAUUCAGAUUGAAACAGCGCUUGAACUAACAAAGUACCUUGCCAGAGAAGAUGAACUCUUUGUAUGGAAUGUGGUCUUGUUAAACCUAGUACCUGAGAAUUUGGAAAGUACUCUAAAGAACUAUGAAGUAUAUCCACUUUUAAAGAAAUACCUUUUAAAGAGAAUGUUGCCAAUAUACCAUUAUUAUGCAGGUUUUAUUCAUCAAAAUGUUGAUGCUUUGGAAGGUGACUAUUUUGCUCAAGUGUAUUUGGAAAAACUUUUUGCAACAGCAUGCUGGCUGGGCCUCCAAGACUGUUUGAACCUGUCAUCUGAACUGUAUGCUAAGUGGAUGGACAACCCUGAGUACGAAAUUCCCUUUUUAAUUAGAAGAACAGUCUGCUGCUAUGGUGUUGCAGUAGGAAGUGAUAAAGAAUGGAAUUUUGCAUGGGAAAUGUAUAACCAUACUGACUCCACAAAGGAGGAUAAAGACAUCCUGCUCUCUGCCAUGAGCUGUGCUAAAGAGUCAUGGUUACUUUACAGAUACCUGCAAUAUGGACUCAGCGAUACAUUAUUUUCCUCCAGUUGUACUUCAGUCAUAAUCUUAUAUGUGGUAACUAAGGAUAUUGGGCACCGUAUAGCCUGGGAAUUUGUUACAGAAAAUUGGCCACUUUUAAGUGAAAGGUAUGGGAAGGAAUUAUUACAUGAUGUAUUAAAAGUCAUGGGAAGAUAUGUCAAUACAGAUGUACAGAUCCAAGAGUUGCAGGUUUUUUAUAAUGCUACACUGGAAGAGGAUGAGAGAGUGGCUACUACUUUACUACUGGAGUUUACAAAAUUUGAAAAUAUGGAAAGGAGAGAACUGCUAAGCAAAGUUGCCAGCUGGUUGCAGAAAAAUGUAGAUGAUUGACUUGGAAAACAAUUUCCAGUGUAUUUUAGAGUGUGAUUCACUAGCAUUUUGGUAUUCAUUUUAAGAUGUAAUUAAAAAAGCACAUUUUUAUGAGUCCCGUGGUUGUCUUCCCACCAGAAAGUCAGGCUAAAAUCGUUCACAAAGAAAAGAAAGAUUCAGCAAAGGAAACGAGAUAUAGAUUUUCAUAUUAUAUUUCUGUAAAUUAAUUUCCUACUGGAUGAGUUGUUAGUAGGGAUGUGUUGCUAAUAAUAACCUAACAUAUAGAUACAGUCUAAAUCCUUUGUUUUUUCUGAGUAUCAGAAUGAAAGGUGUGGUACAAGUUUGUGGAAAAAACACACGAGGAAGCUGCAAAAGUUUUAUAUUCUAUUUUGCUCAUGAUUUUUACUGUCAUCUUGGGCAAAUAAUUUAAUCUGUCUCUCUCCACUUCUAUGUUUGUAAAUUGUGAAGAGGACGGUAAUUUAGAACACAGCUAUGAAACAUAAACUUGAGAAUUACUUCAGAGCUGUAGGGAGGGAAGGACUAAAGAGACCUCCAGUUUUCAUUGUAAUAAAUGAAUACCUUGUCAUUCAAACUUUA